AUGGCUGAAGAGUUUGUCUCCGAUGCGGAAAAAGGGAAGAUUGCAUCCGAAUUGAUACAAGAAGCGCCGCCCGGUGAAUUCAACGAGGUCUGGAAUGACGUUAGAGUUCUGCUUAACGAUGACAAGCUAAUGGGAACAUGUUCGCGGGCAGCCGCUCAGUACCACAAAGAUCAGUUGUUGCCAAUAGCGUUGGAAACCGAUCAGUCAAAGGUUAGUUCAAAUUUAUUUUUAUCAUUUUAUUUUUAGACGUUGUUAACGAAUUACAACGAGAUUUCCGAGGGUCGGUUCUUCGAUCCGAACACAAAAACCUCCUUUAAAUUCGACUUCCUCUCCAAAACAGCGUCUGACAUUCAACCCUAUGAACAACCAAACGUCGACGAGAAGCUUGAAAAUUUCAGGAAGGCAGUUCAGACUGUAAGUUCGCCUUUGAAGUUUUUUUCAUUGAAAAAUAUUCCACUGUCCUGAAAGUUUAUACCCCCAUUUUUAUUCAAUCUCUGAUUCACGCUUCUUUAGGAGUUGAACCAUUAUCUCCAAGAGCAUUAUCACAACAUUGGAACUGGCGUUGUUUUUAUUUUCAAUGGACAUCUUGCCAUAGCCAUCGAAUCCCACAUUUUCCAGGCCAAGAAUUAUUGGAAUGGCCGUUGGCGUUCUCAAUGGGAAGUUCCUGCAUUAGAGAAGAAACAAGGGAACGUCCAGAUCAAUGGGAUCGCCAGAAUAAACGUUCAUUACUAUGAAGAUGGAAAUGUCCAAUUGUCGACCAAAAAGAACCUGGCCGGUGAAGCCAAAUAUUCGCUGAAUGUGGCUGACACAGCAAAGAAUGUGGUCAACGCCAUCCAUGAAGCGGAAACCUCAUUCGAAGUAAGUUUGUUGAUAUUGCCCUUGCUUUUAUUGCAUUCUGACUUCUUAUUUACUAUUUGUGGUUGAUUAAAACAGUUACGUAACGGAUGUUACGAAACGACUCAUCAAAUUAGCCACCCGUUCGAACGGAGUUCUCUCAAAACACCGAAAAAUUUUGGGAAGAGAAGACCUUUCGAGGUUUCCAUAUUAAUCGUAUAAAGCAUGCGGUGAACCUUAUGAGCGGUUUUAAUUUAUAAAUAUUUUUUGUUUCAGAGUGCCGUUCUCCAGAAUUACACUGUGAUGUCAGAUAGUACCUUCAAAACACUCCGUCGUAAGCUCCCCAUUACCAGGUCCAAGUUCGAUUGGAACAACGCCCAAAGCUAUCGACUGGCGCAGGACAUCAACCGGAACUGAACACUGCCAUUUCUUACGUUCUUUUGCUACACUCCGUCCUUUUUUUGUUUUUGAUAGCAUUCUCAAGAAGUCUCCUUGUUCGUGGCCUAAUUGUCUAACUUAUAAUUAUUGUAAAAUGUAAAUGCUUUAGUGAUUGAUAAAUAUGGUAAAAUACAGCCGAUUCUUGGCAAAUAACUGGUUGGAACCAGUAAAUAUUUAAAGAUGUUGAUAUUAUUUGUUAGCUUUUGAAGUGUUGUAAUUGGAUAUUGCUAUAUUUUUGUAGGGAUUGCCAUGGAUAAUGUGGCAAAGCUUUUGAACAACACGGAUGUUUCCGCAAUUGAAGAUGAUAAUGCCACGACCUCGACCACCACUACCACGAUCUCGACCACUACAACUACGAUCUUGACGUCAACUUCAACUGUAGUUACCACCACAGCAAUUCCUGAAGAAGAUUCUCACUCCUUGUUCUUCUUUUGCACCAUUUUAUUCUUUGUCGGUAUUGCUGUAGUUGCCAAGAUUAUCUAUUCGAACCGAAACCGGUAUGUAAAUUAUUUCUUGAGUUUUUUCCAGCCAUCUGUAAAAGUUGGUGAGGUUUUCUUCUUUUAGAUACAGCGUUCUGAACAUCAACCCAAAUUGGAGGUUGUCUGCCUCCCGAACAUCUGGUUCCGGGGCUUUUUCGAGUGCCCACACUGACCCUUUCAAUCCUGAGAAUAGACCCGGGGGUCUUGGAUUUGGUUCCGCUCAUUACACGGCCGUCACUCCAAGCUCCGGCGAACAUCUGGCACAGGCCCAUGAAGAAUGGGAGCGUCAAUUCUUUGACGAACAACCCGCGGAACAAGACAGGGUAAGUACCGAAAUCUUGCCUGCUCUUUCUUCAUAUUUAAACAUUACUUUAUUGGUUUAGGUAUCGUCAAGAUUGGAACUGCGCCGCUAA